UUAUCUCUGAGUUAUUACCAGUUUUAUAUUAUUACAACAGGUUUAUGUCGAAACUGUCGUUGCUUCUCUCAGUGGGACAAGAAAACUAAAAUCUUUUCUCUUUGAAUCUGUGAGAAAGAAGAAAGAAAGAAACUUUGAAGAAGGAAAAUCAUAAACCAUGUCUUCCCCAAGCAAACGCAGAGAGAUGGACUUGAUGAAAUUGAUGAUGAGUGAUUACAAAGUUGAGAUGAUCAAUGAUGGCAUGCAAGAGUUCUAUGUUCAUUUCCAUGGACCCAAUGACAGUCCUUAUCAUGGAGGUGUGUGGAGGAUAAGAGUUGAGCUUCCAGAUGCUUAUCCUUAUAAAUCUCCCUCGAUUGGUUUUGUUAACAAGAUCUACCAUCCAAAUGUCGAUGAAAUGUCUGGCUCAGUUUGUUUAGAUGUUAUCAAUCAGACAUGGAGUCCCAUGUUCGAUUUGGUAAAUGUGUUUGAAGUAUUUCUACCACAGCUUCUUCUGUAUCCUAACCCAUCAGACCCAUUAAAUGGAGAGGCUGCAGCUCUGAUGAUGCGUGACCGUCCUGCUUAUGAACAGAGAGUCAAAGAAUACUGUGAGAAAUAUGCCAAGCCAGAGGACAUAGGGGCUGCCACAGAAGAAAAAUCCAGUGAUGAGGAGGUGAGUGAUGAUGAGUAUGAUUCUCAAGAUGAGGAAAUGGCAGGCCAGGCUGAUCCUUAGUGGUUCAUGGCUGAUCAUCUGGAGCUGUUGUUUUGUGUAAAUGAUGUUUUUAGCUUUUGUGAAAUCACCCCAGAUCACAAAAAUGAAGUUAUGUAUUGGGCAGAAAAAGAAGCCUCUCUUUUACUUUCCUUUGUAAAUAAAUGUAUCAUUGCUUCAUGUUAUUUGACAUUGUUCCAUGUAAUGGUAAAAAUUAGUAAUUAUUAAGCUGA